GUCUGCUGUGCAUUGGUUUGUGGAUUGUAUGGUGGUCAGUAGUGGGAGCGAGCGUCCAUGUCUUUCUGAUAUUGAUCGUGUAGUGUGGUGGUGAGCUGCUGCACUAUCCAGGUGGCCGUUCUGAAGUCACACAGGUAUCGAUCAGCGUAGAAUCAUGUUCGAUUUCAUCGGCCGUCGCGUUGCGGUAGAAUUUAGCCCUCUGAGUUGUAGACGGCAUUGUUGCCGUCACGGGAAUCGACCGCCUUGUUAAAACAGCACGCAGAGUAGACUAUCGAAACUUAGCGGCAAGCACAGUGGAAACAUAUGAUCUGCUGGAGAGAACUUCGUGAAGCUUUCUUCGUUCUUGAGAUGUCAUUUGCCUUGCAGAAGGACUUGCAGGGUCAUCUCCGAUGAAUGUUCAACUACGAGAAGAUGGACUUGAAAUUUUUCGACAAUAAUUCUGCUUCUAAAAGUUUGUAGAUUAGCUUUUCGCAGAAUCUUAGAACAGUUUCAACUCUAGAUGCUGUAGGGGUGAUGAAAGAGAAUUGAUAGGGACGCAAUGUACAUUGAGCUAGAAAGAAACGAAAGUCAUCUCACAUGAUAGUAAGAUUAGGCAUCGCGGUCACAGCCUCAGUAGCGGCCGUAACAUUUGGAAGGCAGCGCAAGAAGCUUGAGGAAGAGGUCGGCAAACAAGAAUAUGGAGGCAAUUCAAGGGAGGAAGAAAAUGAGGAUUUCGACGUGGAAAUUUAUGAUACUCGGCAGAAAACGCCGCAGGUGGAAGAGGUGAAACGAGUAAAUUCAAGUUCACCAGCCAGAAUCCGUGGAGGCAGUGAGUACGGUGAGAAAGACCUGCUGCUGCCUGAAUUUGAUGAUCUCUUGCAUUCAGCAAGGCUAGGAGAUCUGAGUCCGAGCGGGAAUGACUCCUAUGGCGCCGACGUUGGAAUCACCGACGCAGAUUUAGAAACGUUCAAAACUGUCUCACAUGGGAAUGGGAAAGAAGAGGUGCGUGUUGAGGCUGUCAGGAAUAAGGGAGGAAGUAGAGCGGGAAGCAGGAGAUCUCCUAGCCCCGGAAGAAGUUCUAACUAUGGCGAAGCAUGCAGCAAUGAUGGAGAUGAGCAGAACAUGUCGUGUGCAGCAUCGGAGACCUCAGAAUUGUUUCCAUGCGGCUCGGAUUAUAUACUCAGCGAGUAUGUUGACAGCCUCGCAAAUGACGCUGCUGAGCUUCAUGCAUUGAGAGAGACCGUGAAGGUGCUCAAGCAGAAGGAGUCAAGAAUGGAGAUGGAGCUCAUGGAGUAUUACGCACUCGAAGAUCAGGAAUAUGAGCGUCAGAAAUUAGAGGGAGAGGUUGUAUUGAAGACCGCUCAAAUUGCAAAAUUAGAGAGGAGUCUGGAAGAAAAUAACCUAGAAUUGGACAGACAGAAAAUGCAAUUGAAAAGCAUGGAAGAAGAAAAGCAUACCCAAAUCGUCAAUUUAGUGGCGCAAAUCGGAGAUAUGGACGUUAGGUCGGUAGCUUUGGCCGACGUAAAGGAUAACCAAAUCGCUAGGUUGAAGGAACGAAUUGGGGCCCUGGAAGAGAGGUCGAUGCAGGUGGCUGAUGAAGCUGCAAGCGUAACCAUCCUGACAAAGGAUCUCGAGGAGGCACAGGCACGGAUUAGAGAGCUUCAGAUAGAGAUGGAAACCAAAUUUGCACACGACGAAAGAGAAUCCCUGAUGUUGAAGCAAAUGCUGGCUUCAUUGGAAGCAGAAAAUGAAGACCUUCGUAAACGGGACUUCGAAACAGAAAAGAAACUGCAAUCUCUGAGGGAAAUGGAGGUCGAAGUCCUUGAGUUGAGGCGCACGAACAAGGACUUGCAGUUUCAGAAACGGGAGCUUACCGUUCAACUGGAUGCUGCAGACAUGGACAUUGAGUACCUGCAGAACAGAACAGAUGAGUAUAGAUUAGCUGAGGCAGACGCGGAUAAUGCGUCCCUUCGACAUACAAAUGAGGAUUUAGCACGGCAGGUUGAAGGUUUACAAAAUGAUCGGUUCACUGAUGUAGAGGAGCUGGUGUAUCUUCGGUGGGUCAAUGCGUGUCUUCGAUUCGAGCUUCGCAGCCAUCUGGCACCUGAUGGUCGAUUCAGCGCCAUAAAUUUGAAUAAAAACUUGAGCCCGCGCUCACAGGAGAGGGCCAAAUAUCUGAUGCUUCAGUACGCUUCCCCCGAUGUAUCUGCCAGAAUGGACAGUGACUACGAAAGCACCGAGUCGUCCGAGAAUUCGAACUUCAUUGAGGAGUACAGUGACAUUACAUCAGAAGUGGGGUCGGUAUCUGGCCGCUUUUCCAAGAAAAGCAGCCUGAUCAAGCGACUGAAGAAUUGGAGGGGAAAAAAAGACGAGGGAGCUGAUCAUUUAGCCGAGAGAAGUCUGAGCUCCAGAAGCGACCUCAGCAGCAAAUUCACUCGUCGUGGCAGAAAGUCAUUACCGGGACCUCUAGAAGCUUUGAUCAUUCGGGACGCGAGCGGCGUGGUUCCAAUCGCCGAAUACGGGACCGGCAAUGACGAAAAAGAACAGUCUCAAGGGACGGGUUCUCCGACGAGCACUCUCGCUAAUCUGUCCCCACCAAGUAGGCGGUCCUCAGUUGGAGGGUCCGCCAGGUUCCACCCUGAUUCUCCCAGUUUAAGCUCAAACACGAUUCCUAUCAGAACAUCCGCACCAUCAAUUGCUGCCUCUUUCCAGUUGAUUGCAAAAUCUGUGUCACCAGAAAUUUCUGAAAAGUAUCCUGCCUUCAAGGAUCGACACAAGGCAGCCGUGGAGAGAGAGCAAGCCAUCAAGGAGAAGGCGCAGGCAGCAAGAGAGAAGGCGCAAGCCGAGAAAGAAAGCUUGGCUCAGGUCUCCAAGUCCGAUACGAGGAUGAAAUGGUUAGAACAGAAUCAUCAAUGCGUAGGCCAUCAACAGCAGUUCCUUGACGCAAUGCCGCCACUGAAACGUGCCGAAAGCAUCUCGAAACCUCUAACGCCAGUUGAGAUUGCCAAGCGGGAAGUGAGAAAGGCAAACCCUCCUCCCAAACUCAAUCCCCCACACCCAAGUCAAGCUGUUCCUUCACCAGGAGGAGCUCCAGGUGGAUUUGUAAUCCCACCGCCGCCACCUCGCGGGCCUGGCGCACUUCUUCCUCCUCCUCCUCCUCCGUCACUCAAGGGAUCACUAUCGAGAACGCAAGGCAAUCAUUCUGACGAUGUGCACAGAGCUCCGGAGGUGGUCGAGUUCUACCAUUCCCUCAUGAAACGUGAUUCUAAAAGCGCUGUAUCCAAUUCAGGUGGAGGAACUGAUCCGACAGCACGUAAUAACAUGAUUGGAGAGAUUGAGAAUCGGUCUGCACAUUUACUAGCGAUCAAGGCUGAUGUGGAGACACAAGGGGAUUUUGUCAUGUCACUAGCGGUUGAAGUGAGAGCUGCUGAAUUCACCGACAUUGAAGAUGUUGUCAAUUUUGUGCGUUGGCUGGAUGAUGAGCUCUCUUAUUUGGUCGACGAAAGAGCAGUGUUGAAACACUUCGAUUGGCCAGAAGGGAAGGCCGACGCUAUGCGUGAAGCUUCUUUUGAGUUUCAGGAUCUGACGAAGCUACUGGCUGAAGUUUCUCAUUUUGAAGAUAGGCCCGAAAUUCCAUGCGAUAAGGCCCUACAGAAACUUCUGGCUACACUGGAGAAAGUUGAGGAGAGUGUGUAUGGUCUGUUGCGAACAAGGGACAUGGCAAUCGCCCGUUACAGAGAAUUUGGCAUCCCCAUUCAAUGGAUGCUUGAUUCUGGCAUUGUUGGCAAGAUCAAGCUCGCUUCCGUCACUCUUGCCCGUCUUUAUGUGAAACGGGUUGCAUCACAACUUAACCAAACUCUCCCCAUCAAGGAGACUGUGCGUGAGUUUUUGUUGCUGCAGGGUGUUCGGUUUGCAUUUCGUGUUCAUCAGUUUGCAGGAGGGUUCGAUCCUGAAAGUAUGCAUGCAUUCAUGGCAUUGCGGGCGUCCUCCGACGGACCGAUUGUUUCACCACCCCCAGGAAUAUAGUUUGAUAUAAAGGAGAAGGAGAAGUGUACAAUUCUCUGAUCAGAAAUAUGUGGCAGAGGAGUUAAGAAAACAUCAGGUUAACUAGAAGUUGGUGUGACUAAGUACCACAACUACUGCUGGUUACAUGAUAUUUAGUCAAUUUGUAAGCUAAAUUUCAUUUCCAUCGAUGCAUUUGUAGCAAGACGAUUGUGCGAGUGUUCACUGCACUGUUCAUCGUAGAGAUGACACAAUUGACUGAGAAUUGUUGCUACAUAUCUUCUGGAUCAAUAAAUUGCUCAAUCUGCUACCA